AUGUCAAAUGCAACUCAUAAAUCUAUCGCUCAACUUAAAAAGGAAGCUAUUGUUGCUUAUGAACCUAAUCAUUUUAGUAUAAAGCAAUGGUUAAAUUCAACAAACAAAAUACUCGAUGCGGCAAAAUUUGCAAAAGAAAUUAACGAGAACAAUGCCAAUGAAACUAUAUAUGUAAAUAAUAUAAGAGCUACAAGUAUAUUAUUAGAAAUAAUACCUAAACACAGAGAUUAUCAUCAUGAAAUUCAUAAUCGAGUAGGAUCAACUUAUUCUGAUUUCUUCAAAUUAAGAAAUACUUGA